AUGUCACAUUUGAUUACUCUCGCCACUUGUAAUUUGAACCAAUGGGCUCUUGAUUUUGAAGGUAACAGAGAUCGAAUCUUAGAAUCCAUUAAAAUAGCCAAAGAGAAAGGCGCGAGGCUAAGAGUUGGACCUGAGUUAGAAAUCACAGGGUAUGGAUGUUUGGAUCAUUUUUUAGAAAAUGACUUGUACUUGCACUCGUGGGAAAUGUACGCUCAAAUCGUAAGAUCUCCCGAGACGCAUGGAAUUCUGCUUGACAUCGGUAUGCCAGUUUUGCAUAAAAACGUCAGAUACAACUGUCGACUACUGUCGUUAGAUGGUCACAUUUUGUUUAUCAGACCUAAAAUUUGGCUGGCCAACGAUGGCAACUACCGAGAAAUGCGAUUUUUCACUCCUUGGAUGAAAGCUGCACAAGUAGAAGAGUUUUUACUGCCUCCAUUGAUACAAAAAAUCACAGGUCAAAAGUUUGUGCCAUUCGGCGAUGCUGUAAUUCGGACUUUGGACACUUGUAUUGGCGCCGAAACAUGCGAAGAGCUGUUUACGCCACAAUCGCCGCACAUUGCCAUGUCCUUGGAUGGUGUUGAAAUCAUUACAAACUCCUCAGGGUCUCAUCACGAACUGCGCAAAUUAAACCGCAGAUUAGAAUUAAUUACUAGUGCUACUAGGCGGUGCGGAGGUGUUUACUUGUAUGCCAAUCAACGAGGAUGUGACGGUGAUCGCCUCUACUAUGACGGUUGCGCAUUGAUCGCUAUCAAUGGAAAAGUAGUUGCACAAGGCAGUCAAUUUAGUCUGAAAGACGUCGAAGUGGUGACUGCCACUGUGGAUUUGGAAGAAGUUAGGACACAUCGGGCAUCAGUUUUAUCUCGUGGCUUACAAGCCUCUUACACCGAUGUGAAGUAUGAGCGAAUUGACGUUGAUGAAGAGCUAGCUCCCAUGAGCAGCAGAUUUGAUCCUAAAAUUGCGCCCUCUAAAGAGAGACCAAUUUUCUACCAUACCCCAGAGGAAGAAAUUGCACUAGGCCCUGCUUGCUGGAUGUGGGAUUAUUUGAGACGUUGUAAUGGUACUGGAUUUUUCUUGCCUUUAUCAGGGGGCAUUGAUUCUUGUGCUACCGCAAUGAUUGUGCAUUCGAUGUGCUGCAUGGUUAUAAAAGAAUGCCAAGAGGGCAAUCAGCAAGUUUUAGCAGAUGCUAGAAAGCUCUCGCGCAAAGAUAAAAAUUGGGUGCCAGAAAGCCCACAAGAACUGGCCAGCUGUCUCUUUUACACAUGCUUCAUGGGUACUGAAAACUCAUCUAAAGACACAAGGUCGAGGAGUCGUGAACUCGCCGAGAAAAUCUCUUCCUAUCACGUCGACCUCAACAUGGACAGUUUGGUGAGCAGCGUCGUAAGCCUUUUCGAAGUGACUACGGGUAAGAAGCCUAUAUUCAAGAUAUUUGGUGGUUCUCAAACUGAGAAUUUGGCUCUGCAAAAUAUACAGGCUCGUCUUCGUAUGGUUCUGGCUUACCUUUUUGCUCAACUUUUGCCAUGGGUACGCCGCAUACCAAAUGCAGGUGGUUUGCUGGUUUUGGGUAGCUCAAAUGUUGACGAAUGCUUGCGCGGCUACUUAACCAAAUACGACUGUUCUUCAGCUGACAUCAAUCCCAUAGGUGGUAUUUCGAAGACCGAUUUGAAAAGAUUUAUUGCGUACGCCUCAAAGAAAUUUGAUAUGCCAAUCUUAGAAGAUUUCUUAACCGCUACACCAACGGCCGAACUUGAACCUAUCACUAAGGACUAUGUGCAAUCAGAUGAAAUUGACAUGGGGAUGACAUAUGAGGAACUAAGCAUUUUCGGAUAUUUGAGAAAAGUCGAGAAGUGUGGGCCUUAUUCUAUGUUUUUGAAGUUGCUGCACGAUUGGAGUCCAAGGUUGACCCCAGCUCAAGUGGCAGAGAAGGUAAAGAGAUUCUUUUUCUUUUAUGCCAUUAACAGACACAAGCAAACUGUCAUGACACCAAGCUACCAUGCUGAGCAAUACUCUCCCGAUGACAACAGGUUCGAUUUGAGACCAUUUUUAAUUAGCCCCAAAUUCGGAUGGGCAUCCAAAAAAAUCGACCAAAUCGUGGCUCAAUGUGAGGGCAAAGAUAUCAAAGAAUUGGAUGUGAUGUCUGUUGAUUAG